AUGAAAUUUGCAUCUAUUGCAACUAUUGCUACCACUUGUCUAGGCUUUUCCUUAGCUGGAGUGAUCUACCACACUCAAACAAUUCAUGUUACUCAAUAUGCCACUGUAGCUGCAGGAGAGCAACCGGCUGAGUCGGUACCUACUCCCACUCCAUCUACUUCAACCUGGGUGUUUUCAACAAAUGUCUUGGGUCAUGAAUUUUUAUUCACUAGUGUAAUUGAUGACGUUGAGAACAUUUCAGAAGAUUUUGUUACCUUAUAUUAUGAAAAUGCCAUUAUCAAAAGUGGAGACUCGCUAACUACUGAAUCUAGAGUAGUUCAAGUUAACCCAACUACUUUGGUUACUUCGUUGAUCACUGAGGACCCUGUCGCUUCUUCGCCAGUGGCUGAAGAGGCUGUUGAGUCUGUUGCUGCUGUUGCUGCUGCUGCUUCGCCAGUGGCUGAAGAGGCUGUUGCUGCUUCGCCAGUCAGCCCAGAAUUGGACCAAGAUGCCAAAGCUUCACCGCUUAUUGCAACCUUUAGCGUUGAUUCCCCUUCAACGCCUGUUUCUACAACCCCAGUAAUAGUAGCUCAAACUACCACUUUGGAACCAAGUGCUUCUCCAAGUGCUUCUUCAAGUGAAAAUUCAGAUUUUGGAAAUGUCCAAGACGUUUCCUUUGCAAAGGCUAUUCUUGACGCACAUAACAAUAAGCGUGCUCGUCAUAACGCUCCUGCUUUGAAAUGGGAUCAAGCCGCUUAUAACUAUGCUCAAAAUUAUGCCAAUCAAUACAGUUGCACAGGAAACUUGAAACACUCUGGUGGUAAAUUUGGAGAAAACUUGGGUGUUGGCUAUCCCGAUGGUCCUUCUGUUGUCAAUGCCUGGUAUCAAGAAGGAGACUCCUACAAUUAUAAUGCCGCUAACGUUUUUGAUCACUUCACUGCUACUGUCUGGAAGUCAACCACAAAGCUUGGGUGUGCUUACAAAGAUUGUAGAGCUCAGAAUUGGGGCUUAUACAUUAUUUGCUCUUACGAUCCUGCUGGAAACGUUGUUGGUAGAUCGAAAGAAAAUGUUUUACCUUUGAGUAACUAA